AUGUCCAAAGUCAUUCGUAGCGUCAAGAACGUAACCAAGGGUUACUCCAGCGUUCAAGUCAAGGUCCGGGAAGCCACCAGUAAUGAUCCAUGGGGUCCGACGGGUACUCAGAUGAGCGAGAUUGCUCAACUGACGUACAAUACCUCCACCGAAUUCUAUGAGAUCAUGGACAUGCUAGACAAACGUCUCAACGAUAAGGGAAAGAACUGGAGACACGUAUUGAAGGCCCUGAAGGUGCUCGACUACUGCUUGCACGAGGGGUCCGAGCUCGUCGUUACGUGGGCGAGACAGAGCAUUUACAUUAUCAAGACGUUGCGCGAAUUCCAGUACAUUGACGAGGACGGUAGAGACGUCGGCCAGAAUGUUCGCGUUGCCGCCAAGGAAUUGACCGCACUAAUCUUGGACGAGGAAAGGCUGCGAGCUGAGAGAAGCGAUCGCAAAUCAUGGAAGUCCCGUGUUACAGGGCUCGAGGAGUUUGCACCCCAUCAGAUGGGACCGACGCAACCACGGCCGCGCCGCCGUCCGAGCAACGACGACGACGCCGAGUACAGGCUCGCCCUCGAAGCUAGUAAGCACCAGGAGGAGGAGGAUCGCAGAAAGCGGGCAAGUCGCGCCGCCGAUCAAGCCGAAGAUGACGACCUGGCCAAGGCCAUUAAGCUCAGCAAAGAGGAGGAAGAGCGACGCCGGCGAGAGAUGGAGGAUAACAACGCUUCGCUGCUUUUCGACGAUACCCCCGUGCAAACGACGCAGCCGCAGUACACCGGGUUCAACCAGGGCUAUCAGCAAGGUAGUGCGGUUGACUUCUUUGCCAACCCCAUCGAUCAGAAUCAGCUCCAGCCCCAGGCCACGGGCUACAUGCCAAACGCCUAUACCGGCUACCAACAAUCGCAGGCAACGGGCUAUCCCAACGGGAACAAUUUCUCUUUCCUGCAGCAGGAUCCAUACGGACAACAGCAAGGCAUGCAGGGCUUCCAGCCUCAGCAGACAGGCUACAACCCUUAUGCUCAAAACAAUGCUCCCCAAGAGCCAGUUGCGCAGCCAGGUAGCAACAACCCCUGGUCAACGGGCACCAUGAAGCAAGGAAACCCGAUGAAGCCGAUGCAGACGGGCUCCAACAACCCUUUUGCGUCCUCGUUCGGUCGUCCCCAGCAAACCGGCCUCAACAGCCUCCCAGAACAGAAGACGCUCGCCGCCUUCACCAGCCAACCCCAACCCAGUUAUAGCCAACCUCAACCCAGUUUCAGCCAACCCAGUCAACCCAGCCAACAACCUAAUGCUUUUGGCACUCCACAGAAGGAGCUGACCGAACACGAGGCUAAGCUGAAUGCUCUUCUUGCGGGCGGUGACGGUAUGGACACGUACGGCAACGUCGGGCAGACUCGUAUUCCGGCGCAGCACACGGCGCCUGGCACAUUUGUCAACAGCGCGGGAGCUGGUGCUGCUCGGCUUACAGCAGACGCAACCGGAAGCAACCCGUUCUUGCGAUCGCAGUACACAGGCAUGCCGAACAUUUCGUACGGCGGAGCGCAAAUGCCUGCAGCAACAGGUCCAGCAGGGAUUAACGGUAGCAACAACCCAUUUGCGGCGACGCGACCGCAACAGCAGAAUCAGCAGCCGCAAGACCUCAUACAAUUCUAG